UGACUGAGAGGCUUCUACAUGGUCAGGAGUCUGUAUCUCUGUUAUUCACUCCAGUAAGGAUUGAUUGAUAUGGUGUUUGCUCUGCUCACCUCUGAAUGAAUAAUGGAGAUGUAUGGUGUCCUGCUUAUGCUCGCUGUUAUUGUCAGUACUGAGACUCAAGUUGUGCACAGGGACGUUCUGUUUCUUGGAUGUUCUGAUGCAGAGAAAGAGUUUUUGUAUGGAUUUGAUGGAGAGGAACUGUACCAUUCAGACUUCAUUAGAAAAGAAGGAGUAGUGACAGCGCCUGACUUUGCAGAUCCCGUCGGCUUUCCUGGAGCUUAUGAGGGUAGUGUUGCUCAGUUAGAGGCCUGCAAGCAAAACUUAGCCACAUACAUUAAAGCCUGCAAGCCCACAGAUGAGCAACUAACCCCCCCGGAUGCUUCCAUCUAUUCAAAAGGUGACGUGGUGCUGGGUGUUCAGAACACUCUCAUCUGUCUUGUGACCGGACUCUUCCCUCCACCUGUCAAUGUCUCCUGGACUAAAAACAAUCAGAUUGUGGCAGAGGACGUGAGUCUAAGCCAGUACCGCAUAAAAAAUGAUGGCACCUUCAACAUCUUCUCCUCGCUGAAGUUCACACCUGCAGAGGGAGACAUCUACAGCUGCACAGUGUACCACAAAGCUCUAGAGAGCCACUUUAUAACCAAAACAUGGGAGGUGGAUGUUGCUGUUCCUGGUGUUGGUCCAGCUGUGUUCUGUGGAGUGGGUCUGUCUCUGGGGCUGCUGGGAGUCGCUGCUGGAACUUUCUUCCUCAUUAAAGGAAACAACUGCAACUGACAGAUCUGAUUUAAAAGUCAACACAUUCUUGUUUUAUAAUUCCAAUUAUUUGUACUUCUAAUUAACAUUCUCCACCAAUGAAAAUUCUGUAAAUUAAACCUUUUGGUACUAAAAGCAAUAAUUUUGUGUACCAUAGUACAUGAAAAACCAUCUUCAAAUUUG